AAAAAAAUAUAUAUAUUAUCGCAGUAUCGUCGAAGAGGGGACUGAUGAAGAGAGUAAAAUUGUCUCGUUAAUAUCGCCAAUGAGCGAGAGCGCGUCUUUACCAACGCUAUUUUCAUCCUCCGGUGAUCGCGCUGGCCCAGAUUCUGCACGACCGUCAAACCGUGAUCACUUGUAAAAACAAUCGCUUCGUCAAUUUUUCAAAAUUAUCGUUAACUAAAUCGCCGAUUGUCACCUCAUCUGGAGGCUAUUCCCGGUGCUCGUGAGACAGUGAAUGAUUUCUCUGGAAUUUUAUAAAUAAAUAUAAAAAUCAGUGUGUGGUGGUGUCACCUAAAAUGUGACUGUUAGGUUCAAGUGUUUUUUUUUUUCAACAUUCGAUCACAAUUUCCUCUGUCGUAUCGAUGAUAUUGAGUUUCCUGGUGAGUGCAUCCUCACAUACAUGGAGUUUCAGCUGGACAGCGCCGAGUACUGCCAGGCUCAACACAAAUAGAGAGAUACAAGACAAAUAAAAAUUGAUACGAUCUAGUAUUCAUCAAUAGAAAAAAAAAACGAUAAAUCAGUCAGCUAGUCAUCAGGAAAACUCAUUAGUGAAGAAUUUUUAAUCAACAUUACCAUGUUCAGGCAUCGUAGUCAUUGAGUGCACCUUGGUGGGGAUUACCCAGCGCCAAAUAGAUUAUCUUCCGAAUAAAUAAAAAACGCAUAUCACGCAUCUUUCACGCCUGAAUCGACACCUAUCAAGAUUCUGUGUGUGUUGUUAAACAAAAAAACAAGUCAUUCUACCCCUCUGUCCUAGGAAGGAGGAUCAUACAGUGAAAUGAAGAACCUCACGAUAAGACUGACACCCAUGGGCUAAAUCUUCAAAGGAAUUUCAUCUGUAUUUCUUACUGCUGUUCCUUCUUUUUUUAUAAUUUAUUUUGACAUAUUACGUUGCCUUGCACAGCUCGUUCAGCCAAAAUAUGAAUUAUUAAUUUUGAUAUUUAAUUUGAGGAGAAUUAUAAAUUAAUUAUAUUAACGUGCAAUUGUGAAAAGAUAUGAGCAACAUGAGGGUGAAAGAUAUCAGGCCGGCACCCGCCGAAAUUGAAUACAAAAAUAUGAAAUUCCUCAUCACAGAUCGACCCAGUGAUCAGACUAUUCACGCUUUCAUCCAAGAAUUGAAGAAGCACAAUGUGAUGGAAGUUGUGAGAGUGUGCGAGCCUACGUACAAAGUUGAGGAACUCAAGUCAGAGGGAAUUAAUGUUCUCGAUUUGGUCUUUGAUGACGGAACAUUUCCCCCGAACGAGGUGAUCGAUGAGUGGUUCGAGUUACUGAAGAAUAGAUUUCGCGAAACACCUGAGGCAUGUGUUGCUGUCCAUUGUGUUGCUGGACUCGGUAGAGCGCCUGUUCUGGUGGCACUGGCCCUCAUUGAAUUAGGACUGAAAUACGAGGACGCUGUGGCUCUCAUCAGGGAGAAACGACGUGGCGCUAUAAAUGCCAAACAAUUGGGCUAUUUGGAAAAAUAUCGUCCCAAAUCUCGAUUGAAGCUCAAGAACGGACAAAAAAAUUCAUGCUGCGUCCAGUAGAGUGAAUGGCCAUGAAUUUAUUAGUUAUGAUUAAUUUUCUUAAUUUUCAUCAGUGCAAGUAAUUGAUUAUUGUUUAUAUAAUUUUCACGAUUGUUCGCACUAUUGCGAUGAAAAGCGACAUACUGUACCAAUUAUAUUAUAAAGAAAAAAUAAUAAUGGCCUAUCAAUGGAAAUGCAACAGAUGGGGACUUUUGCCGAAAUUGUUAUCAAUGAUACUUUCCUAACUCUUCCCCCCCUUUCCGCCCCAUUUUUUUUGUUGUAAAAUAUAUCUCUGGCAAGUCUAACCCACGCAUGAUUGACUGAAAUUUACAAUUGUACAUUUACGUUUUCAAUGAGAAUUUUUACAUUAAUUUUUUAUACUCUGCCAUCAAUGGGCUAGGGGCCAAUUCGUAUACCUAUGGUCCAAUAUAUUUUAGCUAUCGAGCGAUCACAUUAUAUAUUAUUAUAUAUAUGUAUCAAUUGUAUGCGUAUUAAAGAAAUUUUGUUUUGUUAAAAAUUUGUCAAUUUGUCAUGGCGAUGUCGAGGGAAUAAUAAUAUGAUAUUGGGAGAGAAAAAUGUUGAUAAUUUUGUCGAUUUGUUUCUCCAAUUGUAUUUGAAUUUCGGAUUGAAAAUUAAAUAAUUACGGGGAUUGUGAGAUUUAUAUUUUUGUCAUUCGAUGAAGAAGAUGUUACUUUAUACAGAGAUGGCAUAUUUUGACAAUAGACCGAUUUCGACGGAUGAGAUUGUUACAAUUGAGUUGAGGGGAGACUGUUGGGGAAUUUUAGGUAUUAAUUGAGGAUUGAUUAAUUUUUUAGUAUUUUUUUGACUGGAAAAAUCAAGGGUCAAGGCGUCCCGAUCGUGGCUGUGACUGGACAGGCAAAAAAUCUGUUGAAUAUUAUCCGCGUCAGGAUUUUUGAUGGGUUGACUUGAAUUUUGGUUUUUUCAUGCGUAAUAUUUUGACGAAUGUAAGGGGUUUGUGCUUUCGAGAGUCCAAUUUUUAAGCUCGAAAUUGUCGGAGGCAGUUGGAUUUUAGGUGAAUCUUAACUGACCAUUUUAAUCCACUCUUUUGAUAGUCUGUGAGAGUUUUGGCACUCGAAUUAUCAAAUAUAAUUUUUAAUUGUUGAGUAUUGAUGUGUCAUGGCCAUAAAAUACUUUUGCUACCCCUGCCAAUUCGAAAAAGACAAAUUAAAAAUUUGUUUUCAUCCCCAAACACAUGAAAAAUUGAGUUUAUUUUUUUUCCAAUGAAGUGUGAGCUAAAUUCUUUGAAAUAGCCACUUCCGCCCGAUUUUUAAUCGAUUGCUUGACGUUUUAAUCUCUACAUGCACCAUAUGUUGACGAAAAAAACUCGAUAUUUAUUUUUUAAUUCUAUGUAGCAAUAAAAAAAUGAAAAAUUUAAAUUAAAUUGCAAUUUUUGAAGCCCAAAAUGUUAUUUUAAAUGUUAUGUGGUACCCAAAAUUCAGGAAAAUUGAGUUCUCACUGUCGCAGGUAGUCAGCAAAAAAAAACUCAAUCGUUAAUUAUAGAAAAUUAAAAUUAAGUUUGAAAUAUCGCAGUCUCGCCUCAAUCGAUGUUUAUUUGCGUGCAAUUAUCACCACAAAAUGACAUUUGAACUAAUAUAUUUUGUAGUACCUAAUCUAAGUGACAUUUAUUAUGAAAUUCUCAGGUGUAUUUGAUAGUAUUUGUGAAGUGUGAGUUAAACGUCGCUAUUGGAAAGUUUAAUAUUAAAUUGGGGGCCACGUUGCAUUUCCAAUGGUACGGCGAAUCCAUGUAUUUCUAUGAUUCACGUACGAAUAAAAUCGGGGUAAAAAAUACAACGGAUUUUGAUCUUUCUACACAACUGUUGUUUCUUUUGAAGAAAUUCAAAUCCAGUGAACCAAAAUUUUUAUUGUCAAUAAAAGUAGUUGGACGAAAGUAUCAAAAUCUGUGUUCAGAGGCCACGUGGAGAUAUUUCAUCCAAAAGUCUGGGAAAUUUGUCUGUUGAAAUUUUUUCUGGAUUAUGUGCUAUAGAGAAAAUGAAUUGAAGUCGAAUUUUCUGGAUGAAUUAUUGUCUGUUAAGAUUUUUACAAUAAAAAUUGAUGGAUUUCUUUGAUGGAAAGACGACAAGAGGAUUUUAAAUAAAUUUAUUUGUAGAAAUAAUUAGAUAGAUAAAAUUAUGUUGAUUUUUUGUACAAUUAUUUUUAAAAAAUCCAUUCAAGUUGUGGAAUUCCUGAAUAAAAUUUGAUACUCAGUGAUUCUGCGCAAAUUACUCUGUCAGUGCUUUCUAUAACAAUUUUUUCUGUAUCAAAAAAAUUCGGAAAAUUCAUUUCUACCGAAAAUGUUUCAAUGGAAUUUCGUAAAAAAUUCAGUUCGACGGAUUUCCCCAGUGAAAAUAUUUUCCUGCGAGGCCUCUCGAAUUAUUUCGUUCAUGUGUCGACGUCGAACUUUCAAAAUUAACUAAACUAAAUGAACUAAAAUCAAGUGAAAAAAAAAUCUCAAGUGUGUGAUCGCGGAGAUAAUGCACUCCAAAGUUCUAUAAUUUUUAAUGGUAGCGCAAUGGCAAUUUUAUGAAGACUCGCAUGUAAUCAUUGAAUAAAGAAAAAAAAUUGUUUUUCACUCUCCAAUUCAAUACCAAUACCAUGACUACUAUUUUUAUUGUCCACAGACCUGAAUAUACGAUUGAAAUAGCAAGUUUUUAUAUAAAAUUGUCAGUGACGCUGUGCGCCACACUAGACUGUGUUCAAAAAAAUAAUAAAAUUAUGAGAAUAUUGCGAGAAAGAAAAGAUUGAGGAAACAAGGAGCAAUGUUGCACGUGGUAAAAGCGAUAAAAUCAUUUCGUAUUUUCAUUGUUUGAUUUUUUGUCUGUCGAUCAGAUGUGAAAUGUACCGCUCUUUCACGUGAGGAUAUUUCCAACUACGUCGAUACUAUUCUAUAUUUCCGGUAAUACGAUUAUACUAUCGAUGGCAACAAUAAUAAUUAUCGUAAUAACCGUAAUAAAUAAUUAAAGUGAU